UAUUUCUCUAUCUACGUUUUGAGCUUAGGCUACAACUUUUCUACCUUUGACCUGAAACAAUAUUCGAUUGUUUUGCAUCCUCACAAGCAUGCAAUUAAUCAGCAUGCAGUAUACCCUGGACUGGACUCUGUAACCUCUAGCAGAUUGCGUCGGUCCCUCGCUCACUGAGGAGUGUGUGCUCUUCAUCUGGAUCUGCUCCACGGUUUCACGGGCCACGUCACGUCACGGAGGGGGCAGAAGCGGAUUCCUGAGCGCUGCUCGAGUUUCCUGCGAUCACAUCCUCAGAUCCACAUCUACAGCGGAGCGAGACGCCGCGCUUUUCCUCCUCCAGCUCACUCAAUCGGCUCUUUUUACAAAAAUGAUGUUUCGGUGUUUACCCGUGUUUUUCCUCCUGGCUGUAGUCUGCUGUCAUGCCGAGCAGGAGGCUCAGAGCAAAUCAAAGGUGUGUGCUAAUGUGUUCUGUGGUGCUGGGAGAGAGUGUGCCGUGAAUGAGAAAGGAGAGCCCAGCUGUCUGUGCAUUGAGCAAUGCAAGCCUCAUAAGCGCUCAGUGUGUGGCAGUAAUGGAAAAACAUACCGUAACCACUGCGAGCUGCACCGUGACGCCUGCCUUACUGGACUCAAGAUCCAAGUAGCCCAUGACGGACACUGCAAAGAGAAGAAGCAGGAGAAAGCCGCGGCCAGCCCAGUUGUGUGUUAUGUUGCUGACCGUACUGAGCUGCGCAGACGUGUGAUCGACUGGCUGCAGACCGAGGUUGUUCCAGAUGGCUGGUUCACUAAGGGCUCCAACUUCACUGAUAUCCUCCUCAAGUACUUCAAGAAUUCUGAUAACGGAGACUCUCAGCUGGAUUCUGCAGAGCUGCUCAAGUUCAUUCAGCACAAUGAAACAGCAGUUCAGAUGAACUCUUACGCUGAAGAGGAGAACAACCGCCUGCUCAGGAGCCUUUGUGUGGACGCUCUUAUUGAGCUCUCAGAUGAGAACGCCGACUGGAAACUGAGCUUUGAUGAGUUCCUCAACUGCCUGAAACCAGGCUUCAACCCUCCUGAGAAGAAGUGUGCUCUGGAAGAUGAGACCUAUGAGGAUGGAGCCGAGACGCAGGUGGAGUGCAACCGCUGCGUCUGCGCAUGUGGAAACUGGGUCUGCACUGCCAUGACUUGUGAUGAGAAAACCCCAGUUAUCGACACUGAUGGGGAUCAGGAGAUGACUGAAGAGGAAUGGACCCGCCGUGUGGCUGAGCUCAACAAGCAUCAGGAGACUGUGGAGAAGAUGAAGACCAGCACAAAAGAGGUCUAAAACAGGACCGAGACACGAGGAGGGAGAUGACGUGGACGAAUUCCUCUCCUACUGAUCACAGUCAGGAUUCCUGAGAUUAUGUACUGUUAAUGGAAGAAUCACACCGUUUUCUAUAGAUAGGUUAUUACUUUUAUUGCUAUCCAUACCGCAUCUAUUCUCUGGUUAAUGUGUUUUAUGUUACGGUUUGCUUUUCUACGUAUUGCAUUAGCUUUGUUUGUUCUUUUGUGUCUUUGAGUGCUGUAAAUUGUUUGAUUGUGUCACUCCAAACAGGCCUCAGCACUUUAUAAUGGGGGCCCUUCCCUUGUUUUAUUCACUAUUGUUUGAUUUGAUGUAUCAUUCUUUAUACCAUUUAUUUGUUUGUCUAUCUACAGUUAUAUGUGGACAUAUGUUGUUGUUGUUUUUUUUUGAUUGAGACAAUGGCAAUAGAAGAAGAAAAAAAGAAUAGGAAAGGGUUCGAGAGUGAUGCUGAGAGAGCAAAACAACACAGGUUCAUCCAUCAAACUGUGAUUUUAGAGCUUCAGAACGAGAGAUAUCCUUCAGUCAGAUGGUAGAUACUCGUGCUAGUAGGAGCUUGAUGGAUAUAAAUGCAAACUAAAUGAAGCUAAUCAUGGCCGCUCUCUCUUUCACUCUCAUCUUGAAGGCAGUCAUAGUCUUGAGACCUUUCGUAAAGGUGCUAAUGUUAGUAUUCCUCUGUUUGCUGCUUUGCUCUCUUGCUUUAGACGGUAGAUAACGCUCGGUAGGAUAUACAACACUAGAAGCAGAGACAGCGUGGCUCAGUGGAGAGAGCAGGCAAUACCUUUGAAUUUAAUAUCAUUUUGGGAAAACAAACCCACCAUGUUAUUAUUACUUGACAAACAUGCUUUUUCUGCCAUUAGCGACUUCGAUUAGAGUAGAUCACCUCCGUUAGUAGAAAACUGCUGCACAGAUGCAUUGGCUACGCUUGAGCUUGUAUUUAUAUUAGUUGCUAGAGGCAGUUCAUGCUGAAACUCUCACGCUGUGCUCAGUCCCACC